UAUGGGAGGAUCUUGCUGUAAAGAUGAAAAUUUAGAAACUAACAAAGAAAUUAGAAAUGUCCCUAAUAAACCAAUAUUCUCACAUGCUGAAAACCUACCACCUAGAAGCUAAUAAACCAAAUAAAAUCAAGAAAUCAGAACCCAACUUUUGUAACCAACAAUCCCAAUUCAAAAUCAAUAACUUCAAAUUCCUGUCAUACAUAAUGGAUUAGUGAAAGAAAUGCUUACUAAAUUAGGAGAAUAUUAAAUUCCUUAAUCAAUUACAAAUGAAGGAUUAGAUGUUACACCUCCAAUUUAAUUUGAUGAUGGUUCAAUCUACGUUGGAGGCAUAAAAAAUGAUCUCUUUCAAGGAUAUGGAGAAAUCUAUUGGGAUGAUGGGACUCAUUAUUGGGGCUAAUUUAAUAAAGGAACCAAAUCUGGACAUGGUAGAUUGAUAUACCCUGAUGGAGAUGCAUAUGUAUAAAAACUAAACUUAAUAAGGAAGGUGAGUGGUUGGAUGACAGAUAACAUGGAAAAGGAAAAUAUUGGUAUUCAGAUGGAGGUAUUUAUGAUGGAAGGUUCUUAAAUGAUUUAAAAGUACAUUUUAUUAAGCUUAUUACUAUUAGCAUGGUUUUGGUAAAGAAAUUUUGGCUAAUGGAGAAACAUACGAAGGAGAUUUCAAUAAUGGGAAAAGGCAUGGAAAAGGGAAAUUGAUAAUGGCUGAUGUUAUCUUUGAAGGUUUAUUUGAAAAUGGAUAAAUGGUCGAUGGAGAAUAUAAAUGGAAUGAUGGAAGAAGAUAUAAGGGCUAAAUAUAAUUCAAUAAAAUACAUGGCCAUGGAGAAUUUUGGUUUCCUGAUGGAAGAUAUUACAAAGGUAUAUUAAUUCAAAUAAUUUUAGGCUAUUGGGUUGAAGAUUAAAAAGAAGGAUAAGGAGAAUUUCAUUAUUCUGAUGGAUCAAUUUAUGUUGGGGAAUGGAAAAAAAAUAAAUAAAAUGGAUAUGGGAAAUUCACUAAUAAAAAUGGAGAGGUAAUCAAUGGUUAAUGGGUUGAUGGUUCUAUGGUAAAGUGAG